AUCUUUACAAAGUCUUUUAGACUUCUUGAAAAGGCUGGCGGCGGCUUAAAGAACUCACUCUUUUUUGCUUCCCUCUUGCCUACCAAGACAGUCGCCGAAACCCUAAAUAUCUACAACAGUUGAGUGAUUUUGGUUGUCACUCACUCAGUGUUGUUGCCUGUUGAAAAAGAUGAAUCGUGGUGGCCCUAGAGAUGUAAUCAGCGAUUUACCAGAAGCUCUAUGUUGCCACAUCUUAUCUUUCCUUCCCACUAAAGAAGCUGCUUCUACUUCGGUUCUGUCCAAAAAAUGGCGAUAUCUCUUUGCUAAUGUCCCUAAUCUUGAUUUCGAUGACUCUGUCUAUGUGAAUCCUAGGGAAGAGAGAAAAUUUCCAACUAGUCCUAGAGAAGUCACGAGAAUGUUUUAUGAAAGAAAGAAUAAGGUCUCUACAAGUUUUAUGGACUUUGUGGAUAGGGUUUUGGCAUUGCAAGGCAACUCUCCUCUACACAAGUUGUCUCUAAAGGUCACUGAUGGUGUUGAUCCACUCCGUAUCAAUUCUUGGAUAGACAAUGUGUUGGAACGCGGUGUGUCCGAUCUUGAUCUAGACAUUGGGUUGGAAUCAGAGUUUUUUCUUACUUCCAAGAUCUUCUUGAGCAAGACACUGGUUGAGCUGAAAUUAACUUUUGGAUAUAGCCCCACCUUGGAUGUUAAAGAUGUUCAUCUCCCAAAGCUUAAGACUCUAUAUCUUAACGUCGAGUCUGAAGAGCAUGGUUUUGGGCUUACUAAGCUUCUUUCUGGCUGUCACAUGCUUGAGGAUUUAGUUUUGGAUGAAAUAUCUAGGUGUAUAUGGGACGAUGCCUCUGUUUCUGUCACUACUCUCAAGAGACUAACGUGUUGCUGGGAAGAUCGAGCUUAUGAUAAUGCAACGAGUGUGUCCUUGGAUACUCCGAAUCUUGUCUACUUGAAGUUUACUGAUACUAUUGCGGACAAGUAUCUAAAAGUGAAUUUUAAUUCUCUUGUUGAAGCCCAUAUCAAUCUUCGGAUGUCAGAAGAGCAGAUGGGUUUGACAGAUUUUUUAGAGGAGGCAACUUUUGAAGAUUUACAGAUACAUUACUCUGAGGGUUAUGGGGAAAAUGAUUUGAUUGGCAAUGCAACAGAGUUUAUAAUGGGACUAUGCAAUGUGAAGAUCCUUUCUUUGUCUGCCAACACUCUUCGGGUACUUACUUACAGUUGUGAAGCGAUACCGCUUUUCAACAACCUGACUCAUUUAACUAUUGAGAGUAAACCAAAAAUAGGAUGGCAGUCAUUACCGGCCUUGCUCAAGAAUUCUCCAAAUCUGGAAACGCUUGUCUUCCAAGGACUCGUUCACAAAGCCAUGGAUAGUUGUGGAGAUGUGUGCUUGUGCAAACCUUGCGAGGAGGGGAUUCCUAGUUGCUUAUCUUCAAGUCCGGUGAAGGUUCUAAAGAUACUGAAAUUUGGUGAAAUUGGUCAUUACUAUGAUGGCAUAGAUAUAAGGCAGAUCAAGUAUUUCUUGGAGACAAUGCCAAAUCUUGAACAGAUGAUAUUGUACUACGAUACACCAGUUGAUAAAGAUGUGAUUGAAGUUUCAAGUCAACUUGAGAGGCUAGUUUCUAAAGUAGCUUCAUCCAAGUGCAUAGUUCAAGUAAUCUCUGACAACCUCAGCUUGUCAUCCACCUUGUCGACAAAUAGGCUCCUCUUCUUUAGGAGUCCCUUUCCGGUUUAAAGAGUAUCCUCCUUUUAUCUCAGAGAAGAUUAAUUUGAGCUUCUCUUGUUUCGGCUUUAUUUUGUUCUAAAGACAUGUGUUUUGUUUUUAGGAUUUUGUCCUUUUUGGCUGAAAAUGUUUAAGUCCAUGUUUUGUUUGUUGCAGUUCGGAUGUUAUAAGAAAUGUAAACAUGAGACCUAGCUUUGUCAAUUGUCA